GACUUCAAAUACAAGCACUCUACUUUGUAUUGAAAAGUAAACUGGUUUAUACAUUUUUUAUUUUAAGUGUUCUAUUAACAUAGCCUGAAUUCAUAUUUAUAUCUAUAUAUAUUUCUAUAUAGAUACCUUGAAUUAUAUUAUCAUGUGUUGAAUGGCCCUACGGAUAGAGGAAGAUAUCUGGAAUCAGUGCUCUAAGCUGCUGCUACCAUCAAGUGUUUCGUCAUGGAAAUUAUUCAACCAAUACAUUAAGCAACCUUAUUCAGACCCUAACCGACACUAUCAUAACUUAACUCAUAUUCGUGCCAUAUUUACAGAGCUUGAAAUGUAUAAGCACGCGCAGUCGAAAAGUUCUGUAAAGUUUUCUUCUUUUCCCUCUGAGCGUUCUUCCCGAAUAUGGAGUGAUUUAGCGGUUGUUCUUGCGAUUUUUUUUCACGAUUCAAUCUACGACCCAACAAGUAAAGUCAAUGAGGAGAAUAGCGUCCGUUGGAUGCAGGAAGCUUUAUCUAAUGUUAAGAAAUUAUGGGAAAGCGAAAGGAGCUGUGGUCCUAAUAUAAAUCCAAAUACUCUUUCGGAUAGUUCUACCCCGCCCAUUCUUUGGUUGGAUCCUUCAAGUGCGAAGUUUGUUGAUCACGAGGCGGCGCGUUUUAUCAUGGGAACGAAAAACCAUUUUGAUGUCUCCUCCAGUUCAUCACAUUCUAUUUCAGAACCCAAUAAUCGUAUGGAUUUUGACCAAAAGAGCAGCAACACCAGUGAGGAUGAUAUUAUCGAUCCUCUGCAUCUUGUUCUUGAUCUCGAUUUGACGGUGUUUGGUUUAUCCUGGAGGAAUUACGUGUAUUAUGUAAAGUGCAUUCGAAAAGAAUAUCAAAUUUACCCCGAUGAGGUUUUUAUGGACGCUCGGUAUGAUUUUAUCCAACACGUAUUAGAUCAACCACGGUUCUUCAAGACGCGUUAUUUUUAUGAUAAGUACGAACGAAUCGCUCAUGAAAACCUAAAGCGGGAGCGGGAGGAGAUCGAAAAAGCAAUAUCUGCUGGAAAAUUUUCUAUUUCCUUGGAUUAAUUAAGCGAAACCGUGUGGUUUCUUAUUUUCCUUUGUUUUGAGACAGCGAUCUAAAUUCUUACAGAAUUUUUUUUUUCCCCAUAUCUUAUCAAUCUAUCUCUGUCUAUACUUAAUACACUAAA